AUGGAUCGGUCCAUGAAGGUCUUUGUGGUCGUCUUCCUGCUCCUUGUGGCCACAGGGUUCCAGGGACCGGUGCAAGUAGCUUUGGCGAGGGAUUGUACUUCACAGAGCCACGAGUUUGUGGGGAUGUGCCUGAGUGACCGCAACUGUGCAAGUGUUUGCCAGACCGAGUAUUUCACCGGAGGCAAGUGCGACCACCGACGUUGUGUCUGCACCAAGGACUGCUAGAUGGCCCCUGUAAUCUUCUUGCACACAUGGUUCCGUGUAAUAAUAAUAAUAAUAAUAACUGAAUAAUAAUACUAGAUCUGCAUCUA